AAUUCCUUCACCCAUGAGACAACCAAGAAAAUGUCUCCCGGAAAUCCCAAAAAUGUUAACCUCCCCAGCGACAUCAAAUUCAUUUCCACUCCUGCAGCUCAGCCCUCGGCUUUUGGCGGAGCUCAAACCAAUUCGCCAGCCAUCCACAACCCUCCUCUCCCAGCAGACGGCCCCGGAAAUGAAUCCUUCUCCAAUCUCUACCUGAUCAGUGCCUUGAUAGGAAUCCCCGCCCUCCUCACAUGGACAUUGGGCGGCGGCGUCAAGACCGGCAUAUUCCUCAGUCUCAUCACUCUUUUCCCAAUUCUCAUAGCUUUCUGGACAUGGACAUCUAGCUACAGUCCCCCCACCAACACCAAAACCCAAUUUCCCGGUCGAGCAAUCGAAGAAUACAUCACGUUCAAAAACAACGCAGACCGAACCAAAUGGCACGGUCGGAACAAGGUCCCCCUCCAAACCUUCUGCGAGAUGUAUCUCGACGGCCAGGUUGAUUUCAACGGCGAUUGUCUCGACAUCAUGGAACAUCGCCACGACUGGGCCAACUUCCGCUUCACCUGGGACCUCUUCAAAUACAUCCUUCUUACUUUCGCUCGCGAUGUCCUCUUCCACACCAAAUCCCAAGACGAAGAACAGAUCCGUCCGAACUACGACCUUGGCAAUGACCACUACGCCUGGUUCCUCGGUCCCCGCAUGGUCUAUACCUCCGGUAUCAUCUCCGACCCUGACCGGGAAGAAACCCUCGAGGAAAUGCAAGAUAAUAAGAUGGCGAUUGUCUGCGAGAAGCUCAACCUGAAAGAAGGCGAAACUUUGCUGGAUAUCGGUUGCGGAUGGGGAACCCUCGCCAAGUUCGCCAGUCUCAAUUACAAAGCCAACGUCACCGGACUCACCAUCGCCCAACAUCAAACAGCCUGGGGAAAUGACGCUCUCCGCGCCGCUGGGGUUCCCGAAUCGCAGAGUCGCAUCUUGUGUAUGGAUUAUCGGGAUAUUCCCCACAUGCAGUAUGAUAAAAUCACGCAGAUUGAAAUGGGCGAGCAUGUGGGCGUGCGCAAGCUAUCGACCUUCUUCCGUCAAUGUUACGAUCUGCUCAAGGAUGACGGGGCUAUGUAUGUUCAGCUGUCGGGGCUUCGACAGGCAUGGCAAUAUGAGGAUUUCAUUUGGGGAUUGUAUUUGAAUAAGUAUAUUUUCCGGGGCGCCGAUGCAUCCACCCCGUUGUGGUAUUAUGUGUUGGCGCUGGAACGGGCUGGGUUUGAGGUCAAAAGUAUCGAUACCGUCGGCGUUCAUUACUCCGGUACCCUUUGGAGAUGGUAUCGGAACUGGAUUGGAAAUGCGGAGACGAUCAAGGCGACAUAUGGCCAGCGGUGGUUCAGAAUCUGGGAACUCUUCCUGGCAUGGUCGGUUAUUGCUUCUCGCCAGGGCAGCGCCACUUGCUAUCAAUUCGUCGUGGUGAAGAACCUCAACUCGACACACCGCAUCGAUGGGGUUUCGUCUCAAUUUGGAUUAUCGGCUGCGCUGGCUGCGAGUCGGAAAUUCGGUAGGGCAAGGUUGCCGUAGUAUAUCUCCCGUUGAGAUUGUUGCUUUGCCUUGCAGGCUUUUGCUGCUUAAGCAGCCAUUAAAACCGGAUGAAGUGAAGCUAAACAAUGAUAGUCAUGACAUGUACUAAGAUUCAGAGCUAUUUGUCUAAAUAAAGUCACGAAAAAUGAAACCAAGAA